GUUUGUAUAGGUGGAUACGAUAAGGAGGAGAAAGCGGCUAGGGCUUACGAUCUUGCAGCAUUAAAAUACUGGGGAGCUUCUACUACUACUAACUUCCCAAUUAGUGACUAUGAGAAGGAAUUGGAGGAUAUGAAACACAUGACUAGACAAGAAUUUGUAGCCUCCAUCAGAAGGAGAAGUAGCGGCUUCUCAAGAGGUGCAUCUAUGUACCGCGGCGUAACAAGAGUAUCUACAAACAGGCAUCACCAGCAUGGAAGAUGGCAGGCAAGAAUUGGGAGGGUUGCUGGAAACAAAGACCUCUACUUAGGAACUUUCGGCACGGAAGAAGAAGCGGCGGAAGCGUACGACAUAGCGGCCAUAAAGUUCCGCGGCCUAAACGCCGUCACCAACUUCGACAUGAGCCGCUACGACGUCAAAGCCAUCCUCGAAAGCGAAACCCUCCCCAUCGGCGGAGGCGCAGCCAAGCGCCUCCGGGAGGCGCAAGCCCUCGAGUCCUCUCGGAGGCGUGACUACGAUAUGUCGACGCUAGCCCUCGGCGCCGCCUCCAACCUUCACUUCUUCUACGACUCGAGCACCGCCGGCGCCGGAGCCUUGCACUCUCCAUACCCUCUCAUGCUGCCGCCCUUCGACGCUCAGCCGUUGCGAACCCUGCCUGGAGUUCAAGACUUCUCCCUUCACCACCACCAGUGUAUACAAGAAACUCCGAUCAGCUACGUCCACACGCAGCUUCAACUCCACCAGUCCUGCUCGGAGUAUAACAAUUAUCAGCCCCACCAUUAUAUGGGCCACGGAUUGAUGAGCAUUGGCGGUGAGUCGUCGUCGUCGGUGAUGGGGAGUAGCAGCGGCCAUGACGGCGGCGGUGGGUAUUUUGGUGAACCGGGUGGGGCACCGGUUGGCAUGGCAUAUGCCGGGUGGAGCGGUGAACCGGGUCAGAGUGCACAUCCCGGGUUCUUCAACAUGUGGGAUAAUUAGUGUCGGCCGUGCUUGUUUUCCAUCUUUUUUUAAUGUAAUUGUAGUUUUAUGAAGAUUAUUAUAUGGCAUACUUCAA